UAUGACAGCAAGAUUCAAGUCUUCAAUUCCACAUCCUCAACAUUCUAUGCACCCAGCAACUGCAGUGGGAUUGGCAGCAUGCGCCAUGAGCAUAUCCAUGCCUGUCCUGUUUGGAAAAAUGAGGCACCCUGGAACAACUGUGUGUUUGUCAAUAUAGAUGCAGAUGUUGAAGGGAUG